AUGGGAAACGAAGCUUCCACUGGAAAUGUGACGUCUGCUCUGAAAGCAACCAAGAGGUCUAGCAACUUGCUGCUGGCCGGAUGGCAAAAGAGAAAAUUGCCGACACAACUCUUCGGAGUGGUUCGGCACGCGGAGCGUGCUGAUGGAGUCUUCGCCUUCUGGGAGAACGGCAGAUGGUCGAGCUCAGAGGACUGCAGAAGGUUCCCUCUGGAUCCGCCGCUCAGUGACGCGGGUCAAAAGGAGGCGGAAGUGCUGGGAGUUGACAUUCGGCAAUUUGCCGAGCAGAAAGGCACCGACUUCCAUGUGGUCGUGUGCUCGCCGUACUCGCGGUGUGUUCAGACGGCGGUGAAGAUCUGCCAGCAUCUAGGACCGAAGGUCAAGAUGCUCAUCGACCACUCCCUGGGUGAAAUCUAUGGCCCGUCCGUGAUGGGGGAGGCACAACCUCGUGAUCACCUCCGGGCUUUCACCGUGGCUGUAGACUACUGCAGAGCUCACGACGUCCCCGUUGUGACCAGGGCAGUCGGACAAAGACCGGUGUGGCCGGAAUCGCUGCAAGAUGCGCGACGGAGAUUUGCACUACGCUUUCUGCAGUAUCUACAGCGUGGAGCUGUGGCCAAGAGAAAUUUUCUAAUCGUUACUCACGGCGACUGCAUUGGGUCCGUCAUGAGCAUCAUGCCGGAGCAGCAGGAUCUGCUCGUCGAAAAGGUGGACUACGGUGCCACGAUUCUGGCGUCUAGGCAGGCCGUUCAGAGACUGCCAGCUCCGACGCCGAAGCCAUCCGCGCCUCGUGCAAAGGGCAUGUCCUCCGUAAUGCCUAUGUCAGCGGAGGAAGAAGUCAUGGAGGGCGCCAACGACUUUCGUCUUCAGGACGGAUUGGAGCACAUAGCAGAGGGCCUCGAGGACACCGAAGGUUCUGGUCAGCGGGAGCCCGACAAGUGGGCUAUACCUGCGGAUGCGGACAAGGGCGGCCCGGAGGUGAACAAGCUGACGCAGAAGGUCAUGACUGGCUGGAACUGUGAGACUAUGCAUAUCUCCGUCCGCCACAAAAAGAGCAAGGGGUCCAAACUUGCCAAGCGACUCACAGCGCUCGUGGAGUCGGGCCCUUUCUCCAUGCAAAAAGUGGAGAAGCUCUUGGGUGCUAUUCCACAGACACCCCUGGGCGACUUCGCGCCGCUUCCGUCGACUCCUGCAAACCACAGUACAACGCUUUCGGUGCAGUCCGGGCUGUCUGCAUCUACGUAUCUUUUUGGUGGGUCGCAGCUCGACUCCGAGGACUUCAACCCCUUCGUGCCACCGAGUCCUGAUGCAGUCGCUCAGAAUCAGCGUGUGCUCAGUUCUCAGCUGGACUUCCAGAAACGCAAGAUGGAAAUGUCCCACAUGUCGCAGAGAUCGGCCUCUGCAGUGGACAAGUUGUCCAUGAAGCACUAUUUAAAUCCAUUGGAGGGCGUACAAGAAGAUCUGGAAAGGAGUCCAUCAAAGCCCGCCGGAAAGGCAGAGGCAGUUGCCCCACCCGAGCCUGAGCGAAAGGUGUCUUCGCCCAGCCUUAUCCUGGAUGGGAGGAUCAGCGACGGCCCUUAUUCAGAUGAAGGCAGCCAUGUUAGUCUGAUGAGCCAGGAAGAAGGGCCUGGGAAGCCCAGCGUGGAGCCUCCACAGGUGCCCAGCCCUGUCGUGGCUGUCAAGCCCCUGAAUUCCUCAAGGGAUACGACCUUUACAGCAGCUUCGGCGGCACCUUCGCCUGUGCCAAAGCCCGAGGAGCCCAAGAAGAACUUCGGGGCUCCAGGAGGCUCCAGUCUGCUAGCACGAAGACGAGCAAGUCUGGGCAUUGCACCCCUUGGUCAGUGA